UAGACAACAAACACAAUGGCCAUACUUUGUUUUUUCAUGUUUUGUUUGAUUCGAUUAGCCAGAUGUUUGUUUGAAAAAGAAGUAAAUUUUAUUUGGUUUAUUUGGCUACAAAAAACAAUGGAAUCACGAGCUAAUCUAAAAGUUGAACCUGCAUAUCAUGAUGGUAAUGGCGAUGACCAUCCAAUAAUAUCACCGACAAGAAAAUGUUCCAUCAAAAAUUUGAAAAAAACAUCUCAAUCAUCAUCGGCUAUACGACGUUCAAAAUCAUUGCAUGAUACUAAGUGUUGCAAUGGAAUGAAUCGUUCAUUGAUCAAUCAAUCAAAACAACAACAUCAACAGCAAUUAAUCAUGCGGAAUCUUCCAAUCAAUAGCAAUCAAAUUAUCAAUGGUCCUCAUUAUCAGGACCAUCAUGACGCUAAUUUAUCAAAUAAUGCUGCUAAACAAUUAACACGAACAAGUAAUAUAUCAUUACACAAACAACAGCCAACAAUUUCCAAAUGGAAAAAAUCAAAAUCAACAAAAGAAGCCAAUAACAAAAUCCAUAAUAAUCAUCACCAUCGGGCAAAACGAACCCAAUCAUUCAAUAUCGAUAGUAAUGAUCAACUACGUAAUGGUAGUUUUAGUUCCGGUAAUAGUAUUAGUUUGAAAAGUUCCUCCGGUUCGAUCGGUUUAUUUGAUAAUAAUCUUUAUCAACAAAUGAGCCUUCUAUCACUUCAAUCGCAGAAUAAUCAUCAUAGUAGCAGCAAUAAUAGUAUUACCACAGCCCCAGCUACUUAUAAUGGCUUCAAUGAUUUACAUGAAAUUCAGUCCAUCUUUUUGAAUUGUGGUCGUCCCCAACAAUUGAAUAAUAAUAAAUUCACUAAUGGCUAUAAUGUCAAUUUCGAUGGUGAUCAAGAUGUUUAUGGUGAUAGUAAUGAUCACAGUGAUGACAAUGACCACAGUGACGACAGUGAUGAACAUUUUUAUAAUCAAAAUUCAAUGCUGCUAAAUAAUAAACUUACAUCAUCGUACACCUCGUGCUCGAACAUGUCUAUUAAUAAUGUUAAAGCAUCAAUGACGAAUGAUCAAACUAUAAACGACGAUGAUAGUCAACAUGUGAAUGAUAAAAAACAUUACAAAUCAACAAAACAUAAUAAUAGGCAACAACAUCGUUUUUAUAUAAUCAAACAACAAAAUUAUCCCCCAUUAUAUCUCAAUAAUAGUUGUAAUCGCAAACGAAUUCAUCGCAUCAUUAUGAUUGGCUAUCCAAAUGUCGGCAAAUCAUCAUUGAUUAAACAGUUUCGUCAACAUCUACAGCAAACAUGUUCGUUUAAUCCGGCCAAUUGUAACGAAAUGAAUGAUGAUCGAAAUUUAUUCAUACAUUUUGUGGAAAUGGAUUCAAUGCUCGAAUAUAAUGACAAUAUCUAUCAUGGACAACAAAAUUCAUCAAUCAUAAUCGAUUAUCAACCUGAUGUUUAUCUAAUUAUGUUCAGCGUGAAUGACAGAGAAUCGUUUAACUAUGUGAGGAAGGCAUUGAUCGAUAUACAACAUUGGGAUGAUGUUGAAAAUAAAAUCAUAAUAAUUGUUGCCAAUAAAUGUGAUCUUGAACGAUCUAGAUGUGUUAAUCGUAAAGAGGCCAAAAAAUUAGCAACCGAAAAUGAUUGUAAAUAUAUUGAGAUAAGCUGUACUAUAUCACAUAAUAUUCAUACAUUAUUGCAAGGUAUUGGUGCGCAAAUCACCCUCAAAAAUGGACAACUAUUCAACAAUCAUCAUCAUCAUCAUCAUCAUCCUCAUCUAAAUCAAUAUCCAAAACUAGAAAUGAAACAUGAUGAGAAUGAAGCACUUAAUAAUAACCAUUACAAUGGUGAUCAUGUUGAUGAUGAUAAUGUUCAUUUUCAUCAUCAACAAGUCGAUUCGAUGCGUAUUGGCAAUGACAAGUCAUCAUCAUCUGGAGGAUUGAAACGACGUGAAAGUUUUUUGAAACGAAUUCUACGCAAAGCAGUCAUGUCAAAAUCAAAAUCCUGUGACAAUCUACAUGUUUUAUAGAAUGGAUCAAACUUGUGUAAUAUUUUUAAAAAUAAAGUCAUUUUUUAAUUAA